GGACACUGCAAAUCAGUAUCCCUAGUGACGGAAUUUGCCCCGAAGGAGGGAGAACGGUAUAAAUAGAGCAACUCCACUGGGGAAUCCAUAAUUAUUGUAUGCAUGCAAGGAUGCCGUGGGCCAGUCCUGUUAUCCACAGCCAUGCCAUCAUCCACCGCCAUGCUAUCCUGCAUGUAGGCUAAUGUCGUGAGACACAUCGCAGCCAUAGCACGUCCAUCAAUAAUAUCAGUAUCAGUAAAUGUCCGUAUCAACCUCCGAUGCUAGAUGGCCAGACUUGCUUGAUGCAACAGCGUCACAUGUAGUUUCCGAGCAACCCUGCAAGACUCGGCUAUAAACUUGCCUUAACUUGCUCUCGAGAAGAUCUGGAACCCAUCCGGCCGAACGAGAGCUAGAUACUGAGAUACUGAGCGGACAAGCAUUGCUAGGCAGAUCCCUGGACUCCACCGUGUCACAUCUGCGCUGUCUGGCCUAACUAGGUAGCGGAGAGAAGUUGUGAAAUGAAGGGAGAAUUAGAUAGACUAAGUAGAGUAGACUAGACUGUAUCCUAGUGAUAUGUGAGAAGUAUAUGCAAAUGGUCAUUAAGGAGAAUGAAGAGGAAGAAAUGAAGAAGAAGAUAAACACCAUCAUGUAAGUAAGAAGUAGCGAAUAAACGAACAAGCCCCCCUGCAGCAUGAAAUUCCAUCAAGCAAGAGAAAAUGAAGAAAAGAAAAAUAUCACAAAUGGUGAGUAAGAUGAAACAUAAGAAAGGCAUGGUAUCGUAUGUCCAGAAGAUAAAAGGUAGGCGAGUUAAACCGAAAUAUCAACAUGGUAGAAGAUAUGCGAACUGUUUUAGACCUGGGCCUCUCUCGCAGGUUCGGGAGCAGUAUCAUCAACUUCGGGCCCAGGACCAGGCCCGGGUUCAGUAUCAACUGUAUCAGCUGAGCUCUCUCCUUUCUCGGUGGUGGUGGCAGUCCCGACAGCCUCGAGAUCCAUGACCAGCUUCUCCAUGAACUCGAUGAGCGAUCUGUCCUUGCACCGCUUGAUACCGCCGAGACAGUCGGCGCAAAUACGCAGACAGCAAAAGACGCAUCGCCAACGCACUUCCUGGUCUGCCUUGAGACAGGUCAUGCAAGUGAGCGGGUACAGCACGUUACUUGAGCGCACGAAGGUCUUGUGGAAAUGGUAGCAUGAGAAAUGCGAGUUGGUGAGCGGCGGCGUAUGGUAUUCUACUUUCUUGGGCACAGAGGCAGAAGCAGUAGAGGACGAAGUAGACUGGUUGGAAGUCGAGCAAUUGCUUUUCGGCCGGACAGCGGUGCUGCUGUUGGUGAAGCAAGGUGGGUGUUCGAGCUCUGAGGCCGAGACGGGGGUGCGCGAGAGAGGCGAGCUGGAUGUCGAGGAGGGCUCGCGCGGGCUGGCGUUCUGGUCUGAGUACUGCGAGGAGCCCGCGGAGGAGUAGCUUAUGGGCCUGGGGGGAGUAGGGAGAGCAGCCGGGAGAGCAGCCGGGAGAGCAGCAGCAGCAGGAGAUGGCUUUGAGGGCUGGACAUGCUGGAGCCGCGGGCGGUAGUAGCGCUGCGUGGGCGUGCCGGGUGGUGUAGGCAGGGUGCUGAGGUUCUCGCGGCUGCGCACUCUGGUUAUCGGCGCAUAGGGGUCAUGGUGACGCCUGUCUCCUCUUGGACUGUGGCUGCGAGGGCUAUCCGAGGGCCGCGGGUGGUCAUUUCUUCGGUCUCCAGGGCGCAAUUGAGGGUGAUGCUGCGGGUGAUGCUGUGGGAAGCGCAGUUUGGUGAACUGGCGGGUAUCAAGUUGUUGCUUGGACGCAGCCUCAGCCGGCAGCUGCACCGUCAGGACAGACACUUCGGAGGCCAUCUAUCCUGUAUUUCGUAGCUCUGUCCGCGUGUACGUGGUAUGAGCAGUAAAUUUCCGCUUCCUCUGGUAGGAUUGAAGGACAGAAGGCAAGACAGCAGCAGCGGUAUGGGCGAGUCCAGAAGUAUAGUUAGUAGGACUGGAUGUACUGCCUGCUGUGCGAUGCCCAGAUGUUCCACGCCGUCUUGCUAUUGGGAUCAGCAAAUUAAAGCUGUGCGAGGAGGUAAUGAAUGCAAUAUAAUGCAAACAAGAAAGGGGGUCCAGGAGCCAGCGUCGGGACAGGGCAGAGACGCAGAUAUAUACAUGGGCCAGCAGCCAUGCAUAGUUCAAGCACAUCCAUCCAGUUGCUACCCAAAGAGCAAAAACCAG